AAUCUCCUUUUGGCUUCGCGGCCGACUGAAUUAGCGUCUCAGGAUCUUCGUCAUGACUCUUAAAUCUGGGCCUGUCAGUUCGGCCCAGCGUUCCUUGUCUCUAGGCGCGGCAUGGGAUUUACAGAGUUUAACCAAUCAUAAAACGUCGAGCUCAGGUUGCCAGGCAGGUUAUGCUAAUAAGGCCCCGCCUUUUAUACUGCUCCCACUCUGCGGCGGGAAGAACCACCUGGAGGUGGCGGGGGGGUUUGAUUUCCAUCACCCCUAGGGAGAGAGGAUCGGGGACCCGCUGAUCUUCUAGCUCCCCUCACCUAACGUCGUGCACACUGCAGACGGACCCUUCUGUCCUUCAUGAACACACGCGUGCUGGGCAGAUGACUGUCCUCCCCGCUGUGCUGCUAUAGGGGGCCCAGACGCAGAGCCAGCCUGCAGGGGAAGAUGGAUUCCAAAGACGAAGGCGCGCACGUCUGGGCCCCAUCCGCGGAGCACGAGCAGGGUACCACACAGGUCCACUUUGUUCCGGAUGCUGGAACCGUGGCUCAGAUUGUUUACACUGAUGAGCAGGUCCGCCCGCCCCAGCAGGUGGUGUAUACAGCAGAUGGUGCCUCCUACACCUCAGUGGACGGUCCAGAGCACACACUGGUAUACAUCCAUCCCGUGGAAGCUGCGCAGACUCUGUUUACAGACCCAGGCCAGGUAGCUUAUGUCCAACAGGAUACCACAACUCAACAGGUGCUGCCUUCCAUUGAGAGUGUGGAUGGUUCCGAUCCUCUGGCCACUCUACAGAACCCCAUGGCCAGGCUGGAGGCGAAAGAGGAAGAGGAGGAAGAAGAGGAGGAUACUGAGGAGGAGGAGGAAGAUGAUGGUGAAGACACAGAUCUAGAUGACUGGGAGCCAGACCCGCCCCGGCCCUUUGACCCCCAUGACUUGUGGUGCGAGGAGUGCAACAAUGCACAUUCUUCAGUGUGCCCGAAGCAUGGCCCCCUGCACCCCAUCCCCAACCGGCCUGUGCUCACUCGGGCCCGGGCCAGCCUGCCCCUGGUGCUCUACAUAGACAGGUUCCUUGGCGGGGUGUUCUCCAAGCGACGCAUCCCCAAGCGCACGCAGUUUGGCCCCGUGGAGGGACCGCUGGUCCGGGGGUCUGAGCUGAAAGACUGCUACAUCCACCUGAAGGUGUCUCUUGAAAAGGGGGACAGAAAAGACAGGGAUUUGCACGAGGACCUGUGGUUUGAGUUGUCUGAUGAGAGCCUCUGUAACUGGAUGAUGUUUGUGCGUCCCGCCCAGAACCACCUGGAGCAGAACCUAGUGGCGUAUCAGUAUGGCCACCACGUGUAUUACACGACCAUAAAGAAUGUGGAACCCAAGCAGGAGCUGAAGGUGUGGUAUGCUGCAUCCUACGCUGAGUUCGUGAACCGGAAAAUCCAUGACAUUUCCGAGGAGGAAAGGAAAGUUCUUCGUGAGCAAGAGAAGAACUGGCCGUGCUACGAAUGUAACCGCCGUUUUAUAAGCUCAGAACAGUUGCAACAGCAUCUCAAUUCUCAUGACGAAAAACUGGACGUGUUUAGCAGAACAAGAGGCAGAGGAAGAGGACGAGGCAAGAGGCGAUUCGGCCCAGGUCGGCGGCCAGGGCGUCCCCCGAAGUUCAUCCGCUUGGAAAUAACCAGUGAAAACGGGGAGAAGAGCGAUGAGGGGACACAGGACUUGCUGCAUUUUCCAGCAAAGGAGCAGUUUGAUGAGGCUGAACCAGCUCCCCUGAAUGGGCUGGACCCCCCGGAGCAGACUGCUAUCUCCGUCCCUCAGCUCCCACAGGAGGCCCAGGCUUCUUUGGAGCACGAACCGGAAACCCAUACCUUGCACCUGCAGCCGCAGCACGAAGAGAGCGUGGUGCCCGCCCAGAGCACGCUGACAGCCGAUGACAUGCGCAGGGCCAAACGCAUCCGAAAUGCAGCUCUUCAGCAUCUGUUUAUUCGGAAGUCCUUCCGGCCUUUUAAAUGUUUGCAGUGUGGGAAGGCCUUCCGGGAAAAGGACAAACUGGACCAACACUUGCGCUUCCAUGGGCGGGAGGGAAACUGCCCGUUGACCUGUGAUCUCUGUAACAAGGGCUUCAUCAGCAGCGCCUCCUUGGAGAGCCACAUGAAGCUCCACUCGGACCAGAAGACUUACUCUUGCAUUUUUUGCCCAGAAUCCUUUGACCGCCUUGAUUUGUUGAAAGAUCAUGUGGCCAUUCAUAUCAAUGAUGGCUAUUUCACCUGCCCAACUUGUAAGAAACGGUUCCCAGAUUUUAUUCAGGUAAAAAAGCACGUGCGCAGCUUCCACUCGGAGAAGAUUUACCAGUGCACGGAGUGUGACAAGGCCUUCUGCCGCCCCGACAAGCUGCGGCUGCACAUGCUGCGGCAUUCGGACCGCAAGGACUUCCUGUGCUCCACCUGUGGGAAGCAGUUCAAGCGAAAAGACAAACUUCGGGAACACAUGCAGAGGAUGCACAAUCCUGAGAGGGAGGCCAAGAAAGCCGACCGCAUCAGCCGCUCCAAGACCUUCAAGCCUCGGAUCACGUCCACUGACUACGAUAGCUUCACGUUCAAGUGCCGCCUGUGCAUGAUGGGCUUCCGGCGCCGGGGCAUGCUGGUAAAUCACUUAUCCAAGAGGCAUCCAGACAUGAAGAUAGAGGAGGUGCCGGAGUUGACUCUGCCCAUCAUAAAGCCCAACCGGGACUACUUCUGUCAGUACUGCGAUAAGGUUUACAAAAGUGCCAGCAAGAGGAAAGCCCAUAUUCUGAAGAACCAUCCAGGAGCUGAGCUCCCACCAAGCAUCCGGAAACUCCGCCCUGCAGGCCCCGGGGAGCCAGACCCCAUGCUCAGCACCCACACCCAGCUGACGGGCACCAUCGCCACCCCACCCGUGUGCUGCCCACACUGCUCCAAGCAAUACAGCAGCAAGACCAAGAUGGUCCAGCAUAUUCGAAAGAAGCACCCCGAGUACGCCCAGCUUCCCAACAGCAUCCACACCCCGCUAACGACUGCUGUGAUCAGUGCCACCCCAGCUGUGUUAACGACAGACAGUGCCACUGGAGAGACUGUGGUGACAACAGACCUGCUGACCCAAGCAAUGACAGAGCUCUCUCAGACCUUAACAACAGACUACCGGACACCACAAGGAGACUACCAGAGGAUUCAGUACAUCCCCGUGUCUCAGUCCACGUCCGGCCUCCAGCAGCCUCAGCAUAUACAGCUUCAAGUGGUGCAAGUGGCCCCGGCCACGUCCCCUCACCAGUCUCAGCAGUCCACUGUGGACGUGGGCCAGCUCCAUGACCCUCAGACCUACACGCAGCACGCCAUCCAGGUGCAGCACAUCCAGGUGACCGAGUCUGCGGCCCCUGCCCCUGCGUCGUCCCAGGUGGCCGGGCAGCCCUUGAGUCCCUCUGCCCAACAGGUGCAGCAGGGGCUCAGCCCCUCGCAUAUUCCAGGCAAUUCCUCGUCACAAGGGCAGGCCCUGCAGCAGCAGCAGCAGCAGCAGCAGCAGCAGCAACAGCAACAGCAGCAGCAGCAGCAGCAGAGCUCCUCGGUACAACACACUUACCUCCCCAAUGCCUGGAACUCCUUCCGCGGCUACUCAUCUGAGAUUCAAAUGAUGACCCUUCCCCCAGGUCAGUUUGUGAUCACCGACAGUGGAGUGGCAGCACCGGUCACCGCGGGCCAGGUGAAGACGGUGGCUCCGGGUCAUUAUGUGUUGUCAGAAAGUCAACCAGAAUUGGAAGAAAAGCAAACUUCUGCCCUCCCCAGUGGGGUCCAGGUCCAGCCGCCCACACACAGUGACGCCCUGGAGCCCCCGCCCAGCAGCCAGCAGCAGCCCACGCAGUACAUCAUCACGGCCACCGCCAACGGGAGCGGGAGCAGCGAAGUCCACAUCAGUAAACCAUAGCUGUCUGUUCUCCUGGAGCUAUAGUCAGCGCGCGGGUCCCGUCUUUUUUUCGUUUACAAGUCUAAAGCUUCUAACACUUAGACCUCUUUUUAAAAUUUGUUAUUCACUCAAGAGAUUGGAAACUGCAGUUUUGACACCCACACAGCCAGCGGGGUGGGCUUUGCCGAGGUCAUCUUUACCAAAUGGACUCCUCAGCCCCAGGGUUUCUGCCACAGGAUGGAAAUCUUUCAGGGGAAGGUAGAUAUCAGGAUGGAGAAGCUUUGCUUUGCUCUUGGGUUGGUUUUUUAACUCACUAAUAAGCCUUACUUUCCCUGUGUGGAAAUACUGAGCGGUAUACUAUGUUCAUACCAAAGGUGGAGACGGGACGCGUGGUCGCUGGACUCCAGAGUUCUGGCCCUGGCACCAGUGCGGAAGGGGUGUUUCAGAGGUGUGAAUUAGGUCAGCGCUGCUUUUUCUUGCGAGUUUGAGUUUACUGGGUAAGAAAAUAAAAAUGAUGAGACAAAGUUUGACAGAGGUAUUCGGAAGGAAAAGCUGGCAUUUAAAAAUUUCAGAUUGUUGUUUUUCGUUUUUUUUUGAGAUAGAAGUUUUGCUAUGUUGCCCAGGUUGGCCCGGAACUUUUGAGCUCAAGGGAUCCUUUUGCCUCAGCCUCCCAAGCAGCUGGCACUAUAGAGGUGCCACCAUGAUUUUCAAAACUUUUCUGUGUUGGAAAACUUGCUGGGCGGUCAGCAGUGUUUGCACAGGUGCUGGCCUUCAGCAGAUCCGGGCAGAUCCUAAUAUUCUGACAGUUCUCCCUUUGUUACUCCACAAGGGUGGAUUCCUCCAAAAGAGGUGAUGUCAGCAGAAUUUAAACACGAAAGCUUUUCCUCCCAUUCUCUGUUUGUGGUUGUAUUCAGAAGGAAAUAUUAGUGUAUACACACACGCAUCGAUAGUACUGAAACUAUGACCUAUUUGUGCUUUCAACUGUACCUUUACCUUCUCUUCCUCCUCCCCUCUGUGUGUGUGUGUGUGUGUGUGUGUGUGUGUGUACGUGAGACCAUGGGGCUCAAAACCAAGCCUCACUCCUGCUCCAACCCUGAGCAGGGACUCCAGCACCUACAUUAAUUCUUGUUAGUGUUCAGUGUAUUUUAUUUUAGUACUUUUAAUGCUGUCUUAAAAUGAACAUUCUUUACAGUUGGAUGGAAAGGCGGCCUUCCUCCUCAUUUCCAGACACUUCAACUUUAAACAUAUUGUAACUCAUCUGGACCUUUUUGUAAGAUGACCAACUUCACACUGGUGGGGGAAAAUGUGGGGACCAUUUAUAGUCCACAGAAGGGUCUGGAAGCUGUCUGAGUCUGUACGAUGCUACGGUUGUAAGCUGGGAGGCAGAACAUCUGCUGUGACGCUAGUUCGUCCUGUAUGUGUUCCUGGUUGGGAGUCUUGUUUACUAUGAAUCCAGUGGGGAAAAUGCUUCCCUUCUUUUUAUUGUACAUUCCAAUUGUAUAAAUUGUACACACAGAAAACAUUUCAAAAGUCAGUACACAUUUGAAAGCUUUUGUGACAUGCAUUUUUAGAAUAAUGUAUAGUGAAUGUAUAGUGAAUUUAUUACUCCAUAUCAGAAAGACUUAAAUCCCUUUCAAAUGAAGGUAACUCAUUUACUUUGUUACCUUUCUGAGUAGAAACUGGUUCUAUGAAUUAAGAAGUGUACUAGCUCAUGUCUGAUGAAAAUGCCAUUCUGAAAAGGAAACAAUUCUUUUAGAAUAACUUUACUAAUAUGUAGAUCUUGCACUUUAUUUUUGAGACCUCAUUUAUAUAGUUAUCUCUGGAAAUUUGGGCACUAAGAGAACUUGAAACAGUUACUUCAGAAGUGCAGAAACUCAACAUGGAUCCUGUAUCUUUGGUGACAUAAAGGAUACCAAUAUUUUCAGCAAAAUACUGUCCUGAGUCACAGAAUGCAGAUGGUGGUUCCAAAGUUUUCACAAAUUGCUGAUUAUAAAUAACCUGGUGUCCAGCUGAGAAAGACUUACUAGGGUGAAGGACAAAAGAUUUUCCCAAAGGACCAGUUUUUGUUUUUGUAACUUAAAUUUGGCCCAAUUAUGUUCUUUUUAAUUUGAACCAGCAAGAAUUCUUCCUCUCUUCUCAGGAAUAACUUAUUGAUUAAAAUCAAAAUCUAUCACUGAGUAGAAUGUUCAUUUUAUGUCAGUUAUUUCAAGGAUUCCCUUAGAAUCCACCAAGGGAAAUACUGAGGAGGAGCGUCCCGUUCCCGAAGUGUUUUCCUUUCGUGGUCUCGGUGCAGACCUGGAAGCUAACUUAGCAUUCCCAGAGAGCUGCGCCCUGGUUCUGCCUCAGUAACGUCACGUUAGGAUCAGGGGUCCUGCACGUAGGUGCCAAGGCAAAGGAUUUUCGUAACGACUUGAAUUGGUGCAGAUGGCAGAUUAUCGCCCCUCUGAAGACCCAGUGUUGGAAGCACAUAGCCGGUGUUUAUGUUGUGGCCUCUCGCAGGACACAUUGGCGCUGUGGACUUGGCACAGUGCAAUGUGCAUAUUUUGGAGUGGGCUGGGUAUAGACUCUGCAUUUUUGUUUGAUUUGUAUCCAGAGAAACAGUUAUUUCAUCAUGUAAAAUCUCUGUUCUUCUGGAAAAACUUUCUUUGAUGUUCUUGAAUUCUUUUCUGACCUGGAAUUAUCCUUUCAGAAAACUCUUAGGAUAUCUAAGACUAAAAUAAAAAGAAGCACUUCAUGAGAUGCUAAAGCUGACCCAUUGGUUGAAAAUGUCGACCCUAUCCUUUAUUUAAAUGUGAACAUUUAUUGUACAUUCAGUGAGUUACAGUGUUAAUAGUCUUGUGCUACCCAGCAGGUGUAAAAAUUAAUAAAUAUUUUUUUUAAUAA